GAGGGGCUUCUUUGUUAAAUCAUAUUAUGAAUUUAUUACUAAGAGAGAGAACAACAACAUCCAUACAGCCCCCUUCAUAUGAAUAUGGAAAUCUAAAGCACCACCCAGAAUUGGAUUUUUUGCUUGGGAAGCAGCUAAAGAGAAGAUUUUAACAAUUGACAUGCUUAGAAGAAGAGGGAAUAUGCUGAUUAAUAGGUGAUAGGUGCUUCUUAUGCAAAUCCGGUGAGGAGGUCUGUUACCACUUGUUAUUGGGUUGCGCUGUUACUUACAGCAUAUGUUCUUCUGUUUUGAGGCUUAUUGGGGUGGAUUGGGUUAUGGCGGGUAGUGUAAGUAAGGAACUGUGGAUUUGGGAGGGUUUGUGUAAAGAAAAGGGGAGACAUUUAUUUCUUGUACCACUUACUAUUGUUUGCGUGAUUUUGAAAGAAAGAAAUGCUAAAGCUUUUGAGGGAGUUGAAACUAACUUUGGUAACAUUAGGAAUAAAUGGAUACACACUUUUGAAUCUAUCUUGUUGGGUCAUGAUAUUAAAGACCUAAAUGAUAUGGGUGCGGUCAUCGACCAAUUAAUAGAUUUGUAAUUAUUUUGUAUAUGGACAGUACUCCCUUAGUACCUUGUGCAAAAUAAUACUUUAUUUUUAUUUUUAAGAAAAAGGGGUAUGCACAAACAUAUGAGAUAGAUUAUUAUGAGACAUUUGCACCAGUAGCCAAGAUGAACACUAUGCGAAUUUUGUUGUUAUUAGCUCCUCAUUUUGAUUAGCAACUAAAAGAAUUUUAUAUAAAAAAUGUCUUCCUGUAUAGAGAUUCAGAAGAACAAAUCUACAUGGAUCUCCACCAGACUUUGAUAGAGAAUUAGGACUGAGUAAGGUAUGUAAAGUAAAGAAUGCACUGUAUAGCCUCAAGCAAUUGCCAAAAGCGUGGUCUGGGCUCUCAAGGGUGAUAAUAAACCUGAGAUUUAAGCAGGCUCAAGAAGACCAUAUUCUAUUCAUCAACCACUCAUAGAUAAGGGGGAGUUAUAAAUCUGGUAGUACAAGUUGAUGAAAUUAUGGUAGCAGGAGAUAAUGAGAAAGAAAAAUGAAUACUAAAACAGUGGUCUAAUAUGUAUCCCAUACAUGUGUAACAAUUAUAUUCUAUAUAAUUAAUUAUGAUUAAUUGUUUUUUUUUCUCCAUCCUAGAAAACUUAUAUAUAUAAAGCAGUAAUACACAACAGAACACACAUCAAACUAUUCUGAACAUAAACAACUAACAUUAUAGGGUUAUCAGGAGUUACUGGAGCGGGUUUCAGCAGCUGCAGCAAAUGUUCAAUCUGUUCUUUGCUCAAAGAAGUGGACUCGGCAGUGUGUGAUUUGCUAGAGGUAUGGUUAUAUCAUUUGCCCUAUUGUUCUUCCAUUCAACAGGUUUCAAAUCAGUAGCUUUGUCAUGCAAUCACUAGUUAAAUAUCCAAUUUUUCCUCUCCCUCUAAUAUACAUUCUAACAGAUUGUGACCAACUGAGAAAAUUGUUCCCAUUGAGGCAGAUGUUACAGAUUUGGACAGAGUGGGAGCAUGAUUUGGUUGAUAGUUUUAAAGGGGUUGGUUUUAACAGCAUUUGUAGGAGUUGAUUCUGAGAUUUCUGACAGUGACGGGUAGAAGAUGAAAACAGCAAGGAGCGCAGAAAGAAAAGAAAUAUAGAGGAGGAAGAACGUAGAAAAAGAGAAGAAAAAAUGUCAAUUAUACUGGUUCUGAUAACAUGUGAAAUAUGUGAUAGAAAGAUCAUAGCUUCAUUAAUUAAAAAGGUAGAAGUACUCUUCCUUUUAUAACAUAAUAUAAUUUUUAAAAGGAAAUAAAUCUACAGCUAUAAAUUUAUAAAUAUACACCUUUAUUUUUAGGAAGAAAAUCAUAUCCUAGUGAUUAGAAAAUAUGGUCAUGUAUGCCUAAAGAUCAGAGAACAGAUGUUAUGAAAUUAAAUGUGCUGGUUCUCUAACAAUUACGAUAAUCAUGUGAAACAUAGGAAGAAAAUCAUAUCCUCAUAAUUAGAAAAUAUGGUUGUGUAUGCCUAAAAAAUCAGAUAACAGAUGUUCUUGAAUUAAAUAUGCUGGUUCCCAACAAUUACAAUAAUUCACAUGAAACAUAUAAAGUUCAUUGUCUUAAACAUAUAUAGAGUAAAAGUAAUUUUAUCUUUUGAAUUUAGUUGGUUUUUGACAAUGUUUAUUUUGGAAAAUUGAUGGGAUAGUCUAAACUAAGUGCUAACUAAUAAAAGACAAAAAAAAAAGAAACUAAAAAUGGAAGCCACACUUUCCUGAAAGCUUAGCCUUUUAGGUGAUGUCUUUUUAAGCAAUCCAUAUUUUAAGUUCUUUUACAGGGAAAGCAUGAAGUAAGUUACGCAUAAAAUGGUCCUCAUCAUCAUCAUUUUCAUCAUAUUCCUCCAGUACUAGUAGCCCUCUUCACUUUUCAUUAUCUUCCUUUAUAACUACCUUCCUUCUUCUCAUACUUAAAAUAUAUUUGAGCAUUGUUUUCUUGUAUGCAAAUGGGAUUAAUGGAGUACAUAGCUUUUGUAGCAAUGUUAAUGAUAACAGCAACAAUAAGCAGCUUUGUCUCAGGCUCAGGCUUGCCUAAUUCUUGGGUUUCAACCACUCUUGAAGGCCCUUUUGAGCCGGUUACAGUUGCUCUUAAUGAUGGUAACUUCCGAGGAAAGGCCAAAGAUUUGCCUCCCUCGGAUCCAAGGGUGCAGAGGACUGUUACAGGUUUUCAGCCUGAACAGAUCUCAAUCUCUCUCUCGGCUACCUAUUCCUCUGUAUGGAUUUCUUGGAUCACAGGAGAGUAUCAAAUUGGUGAGAAGAUAAAACCACUAGAUCCAAAAAGUGUUGCAAGCAUUGUUAUGUAUGGAAUUUUUGGGUCCCUAAAGAAGCCUUGUAAAGCAACUGGUUACUCUCUUGUUUAUAAUCAGCUUUAUCCAUUUCAAGGCCUACAGAACUACACUUCAGGAAUAAUACACCAUGUUCGCAUUACAGGACUGAGAGCUAACACUCUCUACUACUAUAAAUGUGGAGAUCCUUCAAUUCAAGCAAUGAGCAAUGUUCAUUACUUUAGAACAAUGCCGGUUUCUGGUCCCAAGAGUUAUCCAUCCAGAAUAGGUGUGGUUGGAGACUUAGGUCUUACCUAUAAUACAACUUCCACUAUUAGCCAUCUGACUGCCAACAAUCCUAACCUUAUUUUGUUGGUCGGAGAUGUUAGCUAUGCUAAUAUGUACCUCACCAAUGGCACUGGAGCCGACUGUUAUUCUUGCUCCUUUUUUGACACUCCCAUUCACGAAACAUAUCAGCCGCGUUGGGAUUAUUGGGGAAGAUUCAUGCAGCCUCUAUUAUCAAGUGUUCCUAUAAUGGUGAUAGAAGGGAACCACGAACUCGAACAACAAGCUGAGAAUCAUACAUUUGUCGCUUACAGUUCUCGGUUUGCUUUCCCAUUGAAGGAAAGUGGAUCUUUAUCCACAUUCUACUAUUCUUUCAAUGCGGGUGGGAUUCAUUUCCUUAUGCUUGGUGCCUACAUUUCUUAUAACAAAUCAGGUGAUCAAUACAGGUGGUUGGAGAGAGACUUGGCUAAAAUUGAUAGAAAAGUGACUCCAUGGUUGGUGGCUGCAUGGCACUCUCCUUGGUACAGCACCUACAAGGCUCAUUACAGAGAAGCAGAAUGCAUGAGAGUAGCCAUGGAAGAUUUACUCUACAAAAAUCGAGUUGAUAUUGUUUUCAACGGACACGUUCAUGCAUACGAGAGAUCAAAUCGAGUAUACAACUAUAAUCUAGAUCCAUGUGGGCCUGUGUAUAUCACAGUUGGGGAUGGUGGAAACAGAGAGAAGAUGGCAAUUGAUCAUGCUGAUGAUCCUGGUAAAUGUCCAGAACCCUCUACUACACCAGAUAAAAUCAUGGGCGGAUCUUGUGCUUUCAACUUUACAUCAGGCCCAUCAAAGGGUCAGUUUUGCUGGAAUCGUCAACCUGAUUACAGUGCUUAUAGAGAAAGUAGUUUCGGCCAUGGGAUUCUAGAGGUGAAAAAUGAAACUCAUGCUUUAUGGAGUUGGCAUCGUAACCAAGAUUCUUACAACAGUACCGGUGAUACUAUAUAUAUUGUCAGAGACCCUGUUAGGUGUCCUGUUUGAGCAAA